CAGAAUUAAAACAUACCCACAAGGUCCUUAUUUCAGUAUUAAUUGUACAUAACUGCACCAACUUGACCGAAAGCGAAUUGAAUCUUCCAGAGCCUUCGUCAUCGUCGUCAACACCCUGCUAAAGUUCCCAAUAGGCGAUAGCUCGCAGAUCCCAUCUCCACAUAGCGCAGCGUAGUUAGUAAGCAGAGGGGGAAAAAGCAAAUAAAAGGAAUAGGUAAACGAUGUCGUAUUUGCUGCCGCACCUUCACUCAGGUUGGGCCGUCGAUCAGGCGAUCCUCGCCGAGGAGGAGCGCCUCGUCAUCAUCCGCUUCGGUCACGACUGGGACGAGACCUGCAUGCAGAUGGAUGAGGUGCUAGCUUCAGUAGCCGAGACCAUAAAGAACUUUGCCGUAAUAUACCUUGUGGACAUAACAGAGGUGCCCGAUUUCAACACGAUGUACGAACUGUACGACCCCUCGACUGUCAUGUUCUUCUUCAGGAACAAGCACAUAAUGAUUGAUCUUGGCACAGGAAACAACAACAAAAUUAACUGGGCCAUGAAAGACAAGCAGGAAUUCAUCGACAUUGUCGAGACUGUGUAUCGUGGGGCCAGGAAAGGUCGUGGUCUUGUCAUUGCUCCCAAAGAUUAUUCCACCAAGUACCGUUAUUGAGUUUUUGCAUUUAACUUUUGAGAAAGAAACUGAUAGCAUGGUUGAUUUAUGCUUGGGUGGUUUAUAUGUGAGGAUUAUUAUCUUGUGACAAAUUUGUGUGGUUCUUGUUGGUGAUUGUACUAUCUACAGAACUCAUUCGUAUGAAGCUUUUUUAACUUUGUAUUCUAAUAUUCUGACCUCACGUCAGUUCUGAAGAUUUUGAUCGAGAUUUAAGGUUCCAUGUUGAUAAAAUUUUGUUCGCCA